AUGGAGGUUGAGUCAGUGAAAUGUGAGUGCUGUGGCCUGAGUGAGGACUGCACUGAAGGCUACAUAUGCAGGGUGAGGGCUGCCUUCGAGGGCAAGUGGCUGUGUGGGCUAUGCUCCGAGGCGGUGAGAGAUGAGGACUCGAGUAGCAGUAGCAGCAGGAGGAGGAGGAAGAGCACAAGCAAUGGUGGUGGGGUGCAGGAAGCCAUAAGGGAGCACAUGUUCUUCUGCUCUAAAUCUAAUGCCAACCCUGCAGUCAGUGUGGCUGAGGGCAUGAGGCAGAUCCUGAGAAGGAGGUCCGCAGAGUUCUCGAAUUCGAAUCGAGCAGUUGCAGGGUUUCCAAAGGUCAAACAUGGAGGCAUGGAAAUGGCAUGA